UACGCGUUACUUGUCAACUGCCACGAAAGAAAAAGAAGAAGACAACGACACGUCACUGAGGUUAUAUUAAAGAGAGAAGAUGGCUAGCACUGCGGGUAGUUUUCGCCUGCACACCACAGCGGAAAAGUUCUACAUAGAGCAAAGUGAUGAUGACUCUGUGGAUGUCCUGGUCAUUGAUAGAGUAUCUACUGAAAUGUCACUCACUGUGAGAAGCGAUGUUCCUAUGUCAGCUGAAACCAUACCAAUAUGUGGAGUUAUGGGAACUAUUCGAUUGCCAGCAGGCAUGUACCUCAUAGUGAUCACAAAGAAGAUGAAGGUGGGAGACUUACUGGGCCAUGCUGUGUGGAAAGCUCUGAACUUUGACAUCAUUUCUUACAAAAAGACAGUACUACACUUGAACGAUGACCAGAUGCAAGACAACAAAACAUUUGUAUCCAUGAUCAGUAGUGUGCUUCAUACGGAUGGCCUCUACUUUGCAACAGACUAUGAUCUGACCCACAGUCUGCAGCGUCUCGCAAACACAAGCCCAGAUUUUCAAGACAUGAGUCUUUUGGAGAGGGCAGAUCAGCGCUUUGUUUGGAAUGGCCACCUGCUACGGGAGUUUAUGACACAGCCAGAGUUGCACAGGUUUGUGUAUCCUGUUGUCCAUGGUUUCAUUACCAUUAACUCGAGCUCCAUCAAUGGAAAGGUGUUUGAGUGGAUUAUCAUCUCCAGAAGAAGCUGUUUCAGAGCCGGCGUCCGCUACUAUGUCCGAGGCAUUGAUUCAGAAGGCCAUGCUGCUAACUUUGUGGAAACUGAGCAAAUUGUGCAAUACAACAAUUACAAAGCUUCAUUUGUGCAGGUGAGUCAAACAGCUGAGAUUCCAAGUCAUCCAGCAGUGGGAAAGUCAACCAAUCAAUAAUGGCUUUUAGUGUUC